AUGCACGUUGUGGUUAAGUCUUUUCUUGAAACGGAUUUUGCCUCAUAUCUCCGCAUUAGUGAGCUUAAAAUGGAGGGUCUUCGUCAGUUGUGUGGCGAUCCUGAUGUUGAAGAAAAACGUCCCGAUGAUAGUACUUCUAGGGCUAGGCCUUCCUCCAUUCCUUCUGGUUUCCUUUGUUAUGCCUUUGUUCGUUAUCCCAGGUGGUUUGUGUUGGCCUUUAGAGUUGUUUGA